CAAUAAUAAGAAGCGGGCACUGCAGGCAAGUGUCAGUCAGUCAGCACAGGCCGCACUGGUUACUGAGUCGUCAUGAUGGUCCAAGGUCUUCUCACUUUGCUGCUUGUGGUGGCGGCGGGAGCAUCGUUACGUCAAUUCCACGAUCUUGAUCAUGAGGCGUCCAACGACCUCAUCCCCGUGACGCAUCACGCUGCCCCCAGGGCCGAAGUCAGCGACAUCCGCUUCCUCCUGUGGACCAGAGAGAACUCCGCAGACAACAAAUAUUAUCAGCUGGUGUUUGGCAACCUGACCAACUUGAAGGCGUCCCCGCUGAAGUCAAACCGAACCACGCACGUCUUGUACCAUGGCUUCAGUAACGACGGGCUCAUAGCCUGGAUCAGGGACGCCAAGACGGCAAUCCUGAAGCAGUGUGACUGUAACAUCAUUACUGUGGACUGGAAAUUAUUGGCAGCUGCCCCAUGGUACUUCAGUGCUGUGAGCAAUGUCUAUAAGACUGCCAAACACACGGCAUCACUGCUAGACUGGAUGGCAGGUGAGGUGGGUCUGAUGCCCAAGCAGCUGCACAUCACUGGACACUCCUUGGGUGCUCACUGUGCCGGCCUCACUGGCAAGUACAUCAAGACUGGACUUGCCUCAAGAGUCACUGGCCUAGAUCCUGCAGGACCACUCUUCUACUUUGUGUCCAACGAUAAACGCUUGUACAAGACAGACGCAGAGUUUGUGGACGUGCUGCACACCAAUGGUGGCUCCAUUAUUAAGGGAGAAUGUGGCCUGACAGAGCCGCUGGGUCACGUGGACUAUUACCCCAAUGGUGGGCAACACCAGCCAGGGUGUUUGUUAGGAGAGGGACUUGAGGUGUUCGAGUAUGUUGAUCUGUUGAGUGAGUACCAGAGACAUUCGCCUCACACAAAAACUGAGACAGAGGGUGCAUGCAGUCAUAUGCGGGCCCCACUGUUAUGGAUUGAGAGCAUAGCUGCCGUGCCCCCAGCACUGCCCUUCACUUCGUGGCCUUGCUCAGACUGGGACACAUAUAGCAGUGGCAAGUGUCCAACUUGUGGACAAGGCUGCCUGAAUAUGGGUUACCAGACAAAGACAAACUUGAGAGGGAGCUAUUUCUUGCGCACUAAAGCUGCUGCGCCUUAUGCUUUAGGAGACACCCAGUGAACACUGCAGUCUGGCACACCACCCAGGAACAUGUGCAAUUUGAGCAUCAGUAUAUUGUGUCCUAAUUUUAAUUAAGUGUGCAUCAUGUUCAAAAACAAUAAGCCUAUGCAACAAGUGUGAUAAGACAAUGAAAGACAACUACUCUACUAAA